AUGUUGGCUCAAAAAAUCUCAAGUGAAAAUAAUACAUCGCACGAUCUUGACAAUAACUGGCUGUGUUUUUUAGAAAAAUUAAGAUUAACGUUUUUAAACGAUUGGCCAGAUCGAAAAUGCCCCGGCUACAUUCAGCAACUUUCUAGAUAUCCAUUUUAUUUGAUUUUAUUUAGUGGUGAACAUUUGGAUGUUCUUAUAACUAAAUCAAAACAAAAUUUUACGUUUAUGAAUUUUGAUGCUACUGGUAAAAUAGUUGCUCCUAUUCCAGAAACUAACACACCAAUACUGUAUUAUGCUUUAAUAAUUGAAGGUUCCUCCAGCAAUAAAUACGGACAAUUACCAAUAGCCGAAUUUAUUUCGGCUGUUCAGUCAACUUUAUAUAUUACCAUUUUUUUAUCAACAUUCAUAACAGCUUUAAAGACUCGAACUGGUGGCAAAAAUAUAAUAAAUAAGAUAGAAGUUGAUUUCUGCAUAGCAUCAAUACAAGCAAUAAUGAAAGCUUUUAAUGACAUAAACCUAAGCAGUUAUUUGAGUAAUAUAUAUACUUGGGCUCAAAAAUCAAUAUUGCCAGAAAACAUUUUGAACAUCACAGUUAUUCAUAUUUGUUCAGUACAUACACUUCGUGCAACUAUUCGGAAAAUUAACUAUUAUAGAGCAAAUAGAAAGUUAAGACAAAUUGCAAAAAUGUUUGUUACUGAGCUAAUUCACGCUAAAACAUUAAAAGAAGCUGAAGAAAUUUUUGAAGACAUGAUGAUAGUUUUUUGCAGUAAAUUUGAUGGAGAUUCUGUUCGAAAUGCGGUGAAAAAAUUAAAACAAUUACACAUCACUUUACAUGACGAAAGUGAUAUACCAGACCCUACAACCACCAAUAAUGAAAAAACCAGUACAUCAUAUAUUGUAGAUGAUGAUGAUAAUACUUUAGAUAUAGAAAGUAGUUUGCGUCACAGUUCUCCAUUUCAUUUACAUUUCGCAAAUUAUUUUGAAAAUAAUAGACAUAACAUUGAAAACAAAUCGAUUGAAAAUGUUAAUACAAAUUCAUUGUACCUUCCAGAAUUUUUUGAAUAUUUUCAGGAAUAUUAUCUUCCAUUUUUUCCAUUGUGGUCGGCAAUGGUUAUUGCAUAUUUUGGAAUAUUGCGUGAAAGUAACGCUUCAGUAGAAGGAUGGUUUAAAAUUUUAAAACACCACAUAUUAAAUAAACAAAUAAAUAUUCCAGUUUCUCGAUUAGUUAGAAUUUUGUCAAAUGAAAUUAAACCACGAAUAACGGAACGGAAAUAUUCCCUAAUUACCUCUCGGCAACGUAAAAAUGCACAACACAAAAAACACAAUGAAAUAAUUCGAAAUACUGACGAAAAUAAUGAAUUCACCAACAAAAAUUUUAAUAUUACAAAUGCAAAUAAAAUUAUCAUUAAACAACAUCUAAAAAUUAACAAAAACAAAAUGAAAGGAAUACCAUGGGAUUUGGCGUGUGAAUCAUGGGAUAGAUCUAAGCGGUAUUUUUGUAUUCCAAAAUACCUAAAAGAUGCUGAAGGCUUAAUACAACUCGAGAAGAGAGUCCGUGCAGAAAAAAUAUUAAAACUAGAAAAUCUACAGAAUGUAAAAGAAAAGGAUUCUAGUUGUAAUAAAAAAUUAAACGUAGAAAAAUUAGAGAUUUGUACGAAAAAAACAGAUUUAAAAAAUUUAGAGAAAAAAGAACAGAUUACAUUAUCUCAAAAUCUAAUAAGUAAUUUAAAUUCAUUACGACAAGUAUCGUGUUAUCCCCCUAGCUUUGUGACAAAAAAAAUAUAUUUAUAUGGUCUAUAUUUAGAUCGUACUAGCUGGAAGACUAUGCUACCUAAUGAAGAGAUAGAUGAUAAUAUUAUUAAUAGUUUUUUAAUUUUAAUACAAAAUAUAGCUAGUAAUAAUAAUUUUGAUAUUUUGUGUUUUGAGACUUUUCUUGCUGAACAAAUUUUAACACAUAACCAUAUACCGAAUGGAUUUCAUCGAUGGGCCCAAAAAGUUAAAAUAUGGACGCAUCAAAUAUGGGUGGUGCCAGUUGGUGACAGAUCUAAAAACCAUUGGUCAUUACUAAUUGUUAAUUUACGACAUAAAUGUUUAGUGUAUUUAGAUUCUUUACAUCUAGAUCCACCAACGGGUUUGAUAAACCAGAUGGUUGAUUUUAUUAAUUACCAUACAGAAAAUAAAUUAAACAUCGAUUGGACCGAAUGGGUUCUGUACGUUCCCAAGGAUAUUCCUACGCAAGUAUCAAAACAAAAAUCUACUGCUAAUAAUUGUGGUACACAUAUUUUGACAUGGGCAUUUCUUUUAGCUAUCAGUUCAUAUGUUUUUUUCACCGAAGAUGAUAUGCCGAAUAUUCGGAUGGGAAUUGUGACUCUACUCCAAAGUACUGAUGAAAAUAAAAAUAGGCAACAAAAUAUUGAGAAAAAUCGAAAUUCUAUAUUUACCGAAGGAAAAUUAUCUAAAUCUAUGAUCAUUGACAAUAAAACUUGUUACAGUAAAUUCACCUCCACUAGGCUCUCAAUCCACAGUAGAAUAUUUCUCAUCAUUAAAGCAUCUUAUGACUGA